AUGAUGAAUAAUACAACACGCGAAACGGGGCUGCCCGCUGAGGAUGGAGUACAUAAUUUAAGAGCAUCAAAGAAGGGCUUUCGGCUGGACAGGGAGAGCGGGUUGCCGCUCUCCUGGUGGGGUGUGUGUGCCCCCGCUGCCCUCAGCGCUCUGCUUCCCGACAGUUUCCAGGCGUUAGAUGGAAUUGUGCCACACGGAAAAGGGGCAGGGAGGGGGGCCCUGGCGCGGAGGCCCGUCUCCAUGGCAACGGGGCGGUGCGGCCCACGGGAGCCAGGGCCCUGCGAGAGGCGGCGUUUGUCCCUCGAGAAGCGGUGUUUGUCCCUCGGGAGGCGGUGUUUGUCCCUCGGGAGGCGGUGUUUAUCCCUCGGGAGGCGGUGUUUGUCCCUCGGGAGGCGGUGUUUGUCCCUCGGGAACCACCGUGUCACUGACCGGCGCUGGCGGACGGGGCGGCCUCACGGCUGUCACGGCAACCGCGACGCCCGGCGGCGGCACCUCCUCGUCGCCGGCAGGGAGCGGCGGGGCCCGGCGUGUCCCAGGGGAGCAGGGAAUUCUGACAUCACCAAAAUAACUGAAAAGGAAGAUCGAGCAGAUAUGGGUGAUGUAACAGAAAAUGCAGAAUAUGAGGAUGAUUUUGAAAAAGACCUGGAAUGCCUAACUGACGAAGAAGAGAAACAGAACCUUGGUGAAAAAAAGAAUCCUGGAAAAAAGGAAGAGGAUGUUGAAGCACAAAUUCAUAAAGCUGCAUACAGCUCUCAGGAAGACAAUGAGGAAGUGGAAGAAAGUCUAGAUCAGCUUUCAGAGGCAGAUGUAAAUGUGAAAAUGAUAUAUGCCAAUGAAAAAUAUUUUCCUGAGGCAAGUACUGAACAAAAGGGCCAUGAAUCUGAUGAGAGAGAAAGCUUUAUCCAGGAAUGUAAGUUGGAAAAUGAGCAGGAACUGGAAGAGGAUGAAGAUAUGAAGCGUUAUGUCUUGGAAAAGAUUGAAGAAGCCAACAAAAACCUGGAAAAUCAGACUCCUGUGGAUCAAAACAGAGAAAGGAAAUUAAAAUUUAAGGAUGAGAUGGAUAUUAAAGCUCCUCCUCCAAAAGAUGCUGACCUUGCAAGAGGAGAUGAUGUUUCAAUUGGGCUGUCUCAGCUGCAUAUUUCUGAUGACACAGGACAGAAACACACACUUUCAGAAGGUACUGGCUCAGAUGAGGAAAUGACAGGUGGUAAAGUCCUAGUGGAAAAAGAUGGAAAGUUUGAACUCUUAAGUUUAUGUGAUAUUGAAAGCCAGGGCAUUUUGCCCCCAAUAAGUGUUUCUUUUUCAGAUAUUGAAACUCAACAUACAGCUCCAAAAUCUUCGCUCCCCACUGACCCUUCACCUCCAUCUGACUCUAAGCAACCUCCAGAUUCUGCUUCAAAUGGUGCAAAAGACCUGGGAAAACAGAAGACUGAGUCUGCAAACACAGCCAUGAAAACCUCCACUUACACUCUUACUCCCAAACAAAAAGAACUAAGGAAGCAGAUAGAAAUAAGGAAUGAAAUACUGAGGAGAGAGGAAGAAGACAGGAAAAGGGAACUAGAAGAAAUGAGGAGAAGAGAGAACGAAAUAGUUUAUAAAGCUUGGUUACAGAAGAAGAAAGUACAGCUAAAAGAAGAAAAGCGAGUUCGUCGUGCAAAGCAGCUGGAAGAGCUGAGGAUGAAAGACGUGAACAGGGAUCCAGAAGAAGCCUACAGGUUAUGGCUUAAAAAAAAGCACCAACAAUAUAUGAAAGAAAAACGGAUAGAAUUUUUGAGACGCCAAACUGAGGAAGUGGCCUUUGUACCAAGGGCAGAGGAAUGCGACAGAGCGUUUAGAGACUGGCUGAGGAGGAAGAAAGAAGAGAAACAAGAAGCAGAACUCGCUGCUAAAGAGAGAGGCAGGCUGUUUAAAUUAGAAGCCAGAAGAGCAAGACAGAUGCGGAGUAUGCACUAUAUUUAA